AUGGAAAGUAAAUAUGAUAUUGAAGCGACUCCUGUGAUGAAAUCGUCUGAUUUUUCAUCAAACGAACAAGAAAAUUUUAUUAAACGCAAGAUACAUUCUAUUGACAAAAAACUAGCAUUACCAUGUGUAAUCCUACUAUGCAUUGCAGUGAUUAUUCUCGUUUUCGGCAUACCAAUAACUCAAGUGAUUAUUGGAUCUAUAUAUUUUAAUUCAUGUCCUCUUGACAAUCGAUUACCCAUAUAUCUUGUCAUUGCUGGUAUCGGUACAUUAAUUUGUUUAACUUUUGCCAUCAUAAAGAAUUACGGAAAAAAGUCAAAUUGGUGGACAUUUUUCUUGUUCAAAUCAGAUACAUUGUGUCUUAUUUGGUUUAUAACUGGAACUGUUUGGAUAAGUCAUGCUAAAAAAAGAGUUCAAUAUUCAAAUCCUUAUGAUACAAUAACUUAUUGUGAACAUACAGUAAUUACUUGUGUCACUGUAACACUAGUCUUUAGUUAUGGAAUCGUUAUUGGUUUGCUUGGUUAUCAUGUUGAAAGUUAA